AUGGCUCUUCAAAACAAGUUAGCUACUACUGAUCGUUUGAGUAAAUGGAAUAUUCCUUGUGAUCAGACUUGCAGUUUAUGUGGAAAUGCAGAUGAAACCUCUCAACAUCUCUUCUUUGAGUGUGUUUAUGCUGCUGAUAUUUGGGCUCAGGUUUGCCAGAAGAGUCACACACCUAGUACUAUUGGGGACUUUGCUAGGCAGAAAAGAGUUGCUAUCACAAAGGCUCAUGGUAGGAGUAGAAGUGCUAGAAUCUACAUCAAAUGUAUUACUGAAACCCUUUAUGCUGUUUGGAAACAGAGGAAUAAUAAAAUAUUUACUGGAAGUUGUGUUCCUGUUCAGCAGGUGGUCAAAGAUGUGUUGUUUAAUGUUGCUUGUUCCUGUUCAGACCAAGAUAGAAUGUAUCUUCUUAGAUAG